AAAGAAAAAACAAAACCAAUAAAUAAACACUAGAAAGAAAACGUUUAAUACCAAAAAAUACGAAGAAGAAUCAACUGAAGUGGGAGCACAUCGGUUAAUCAAGAUCAGCCGUAAGAACGCCAUUGUUCGAGCCUCCAUCCAUUCAAUUUUCCCAGAUUUUGGAAAUCUGUGCCGUAAUUUGAUUGAAUCAUACAGUCAACCCGCAAUUGGCGAUAAUGGCGACUCGGUACUGGGUGGCGUCUCUGCCCGUUAGCCAAGGCUCCUCCGCCUCCUCCUUAUGGAGUCGUCUCCAGGAAUCCAUCUCCAAACAAGCCUUCGACACAUCUCUCUACAGAUUCAACAUUCCGAAUCUACGAGUGGGGACCCUAGAUUCGCUAUUGGCUCUCAGCGACGACCUGUUGAAGGCGAACAGCUUUAUUGAAGGAGUAUCCCACAAAAUCCGGCGACAGAUCGAGGAAUUGGAGAGGGUCUCAGGUGUUGUCAGUAGCUCUCUUACUGUUGAUGGGGUCCCUGUUGACUCUUAUCUCACACGGUUCAUGUGGGAUGAGGCCAAGUAUCCAACUAUGUCACCACUUCGGGAGAUUGUGGAUGGAAUUCAUGUACAAAUUGCGAAGAUUGAAGAUGAUCUCAAGGUUCGUGUUGCUGAGUAUAACAAUGUGCGCAGCCAACUUAAUGCCAUAAACAGAAAGCAGGCUGGAAGUUUAGCUGUUCGUGACCUUUCUAAUUUGGUAAAGCAAGAGGACAUUAUUAAUUCAGAACACUUAACAACCCUUCUCGCAAUUGUUCCAAAGUAUUCUCAGAAGGAUUGGUUAUCAAGCUACGAAACACUGACAACAUAUGUGGUCCCCAGAUCCUCCAAGAAGCUACAUGAGGACAAUGAGUAUGCACUUUAUACUGUCACAUUAUUCAUUCGAGAUGCUGACAAUUUUAGAACCAAGGCACGCGAAAGAAAUUUCCAAAUUCGUGAUUUUGAGUAUAAUCCAGAAACACAAGAGAGCAGGAAGCAGGAGCUUGAAAAGCUAAAUCAGGACCAGGAGACAUUGAGAAGCUCUCUUUUGCAAUGGUGUUAUACCAGUUACGGAGAGGUUUUUAGCUCCUGGAUGCACUUUUGUGCUGUCCGUGUCUUUAGUGAAAGCAUUCUGCGAUAUGGUCUGCCACCAUCAUUUCUGUCUGUUGUAUUAUCACCUCCUACUAAAAGUGAGAAGAAAGUUCGCAACAUUCUUGAGGGACUGUGCAGCAGUUCAAACAGCACAUACUGGAAAACUGAGGACGAAGGAGGAAUGGGCGGAUUUGCAGGAGAUACAGAUGCACAUCCUUACGUCUCCUUCACCAUUAAUCUUAUUUAAGUUCUAGGCAUUGAAGUGUCCCUGUCCAUUUGCAAAUCCCUUGUGUUGUUUCCAUGGCCUUAAAAAAUAACGACAUUCUGCCCUUGUAUAAUAGAGUAAAUUAUCCUAUUCUUUUCUUCCUUAAGAAGUAUAUGUUCCUGUAAAACAUUACCCCCGAAUUUUUCCUCAUUGCUUACCCGACUUAUUAUUUUGUUUGAGAAUCCCCAAACUGUAUAAGAUGGCAUUUUGCUUCCAUACUUUUGUUGUGAAGUUGUGUUGACCUCCGGGAUUGAAUGUAUUAUCUGUGAGAAAUAAUGAAGUGAAAUAAGCCGUUUUCCCCUGACA